AUAUUUCUAAUAUAAGGGCCUUUCCGUAUCCUUAUCGAGAUUGAUUCUUGAAACAUAUGGGCAAUUUUCAAGUCUUCUUUGUCUCUUUUCUGCUCUUUGCAUCUGUCUAUGCAAUUGCAAGAUAUGAUUGCCAAGAUUCCAUGUGUGGAAUCAACCACUUUGAUAUACGAUUUCCUUUUGGAUUACAAGGGACAAUAAAUCUUCAGCACUGUAGCUAUCCUGGUUUCAAUCUUACAUGCAACAGUCAAGGCAGAGCAAUUCUAAAUGUAGCAGGUGCAGGAGAUUUCUAUGUACGUGAUAUCGACUACGUUGCACAAGAAAUUCAACUCUAUGAUCCAUCUAAUUGCCUUCCAAAACGGCUUAUUGAUUUUCAAUCUUCUUCUUCUUCUCCUUUCAAGGCGGUUUUUUAUCGGAACUAUACUUUCUUGACUUGUUCUACAGAUUUGAUCAAGUCUAAUUUCAAUGUUAUUGGUUGUCUAAGUAAUUCUACAACCUCUACUUUAGCUACUUCUUCAAGGAGUUUUGUAAAAGAAAUGACAAGUUUAUAUAACUGCAGUGUAAAUAGUACUUUGUCUCUUCCUGUUUCAUGGACUUCUGAAUAUGAGUCAGUUUUUUCAACUGAUCUUAAUCUUGAUCUUGUGCUAACAUGGAAUGAACCCAACUGCCAAGAUUGUGAAGCACAACAAGAUCUUUGUGGGUUUAAAAAUGCAACUACUGGAAAAAUUCAAUGCUUUGAUGCUCCUGGAACAGGUAAAUAUCUUUUCCAUUUACAGUCUCUUCCCAUUUCUCCUUCAAUAUUUUCAGCCAAAAUUUGCUAG